CCAAAUCCAGUAUCUUCGUAGUUUGUCCGAAUCAGUCACUUGGAGUGAGCUUGUUCACUGUUAGAGCUGGGCGGCGACAAAGCGAGCGAUCUGUGGCUUCCAGAUCCAUAUCCAAUCACCGACGCACAGACAAAACGAAGAAGGAAAAGAUGAGAUAUGGCGUUUGGGGUAGGAGGAGGGUGUCCGUCGGAUCAAUUCUGAUAGUCUGUGCGUUGUGUGCUGGAAUGGGGCUGUUGAUGCUCAACUUACGACAAGUCGAUCCUCCGACGAGCCCCGAUUUCUAUAUGCAAAUUGAAAAUUUGGGUUCGGAUUCAGAUUCUGAAAACGGCGGCGGAGUUGAGCGGGAGACGGAGCCGCAGGGCAAGAGUAAGAGAAAAUCGAGCUCGUGCGCGACGGUGGAGGAGAUGGGAAAGGAGUUCGGGGGAGGAGGGUUUUGGGAGGAGAGUCGCAGAGUCAGGAAGUUUAUUCAGCAUCACUUUGACUUGAAUGGUGCUUCCAGGGUAAGAAAUCUUCCACCGGCACAGUUUUGUCGGCACGGAUUUGUGAUGGGUAAAGCAUCAGAGGCGGGUUUCGGGAACGAAAUGUACAAAAUCUUAAGCGGUGCCGCGUUGAGUAUAAUGUUGAACCGGUCCCUCAUCAUUGGGCAGACCAGGGGAAAAUUCCCUUUCGGGGAUUACAUUUCUUAUUCCAAAUUUUCCUUUACGAUGAGAGAAAUUAAGCAUCUGUGGAGACUUAAUAAAUGUGUGAAGAAGUAUGGGAGGCAACUGGUUAUGAGGACUGAUGACUUUGAGAAGCCAGCACAAACAAACGUUCUGUGUAGCAACUGGAUGAAAUGGAAGCAGCCGAUUAUAUGGUUCCAAGGUACGAAUGACGCUGUGGCAGCCCAGUUUUUCUUGAAGAACAUCCACCCUAAGAUGAGGAAUGCUGCAUCUGCUUUAUUUGGGAAGCCAGAGGUUCUCCAUUCUCGGCCUAAUGUAUUUGGGGAGCUGAUGAGAGUGCUUAUAACCCCUUCUGAGGAUGUCCAGGAAGCAGUCAAUUGGGUUCUUGGUGGAGCUGAACCUGAUAUUUCACUGCACAUGCGAAUGCUCAUGAAUAAGUCUGUGAGAGCUGCACAGGCAGCAGUGAACUGCAUCAAAAAAGCCGUGCACAAUCUUGGCAAAUCCCCAAAGCCUAGGGUGGUGUUAGUGUCUGACAAUCCCUCUCUUGUGAAAAGUAUUACACCAAAUAUAAAUAAAUUUGCAGAGGUUAUUCACUUUGAUUAUGAACUUUUCAAAGGAAAUAUAUCCAAUGGCCGUAAAGGAUUGCACAGUUUAGAGUUUAGAGUGAAAGAUUGGGGUCCAGCGCCGAGAUGGGUUGCCUUUGUGGACUUCUUUCUUGCAUCACGGGCAAAACAUGCUGUUGUGUCUGGGGCUCACAGGCGUGUUGGGACUACCUAUGCUCAGUUAAUUGCUGCACUGGCUGCCGCAAACAGUCUUGGCGAUGAACCAACUGGUUCAAGUUUUGCAUUCUUAAGUAGCUUCCAAGGUGAUUUGCUGAGAGGAGGUUUAAGGUUUCAGAUUGGUUGGGGGCAUGUGUGGAACAGAUUUGCAGGUCCCCUUGGUUGCCAUGGCCAGCCUAAUCAAUGUGCUUUCACACCACUUCUCCCUCCGGCGUGGUGGGAUGGUCUUUGGCAGUCCCCGCUUCCUAGGGAUAUCAAGAGGCUGGCCGAGUACGGCAUUGAGCUAUCCGGUUUUGGGACGAUCAACGAAAAUCAUCUUCAGUCUUUUUGUAGGUCAAAGAAAGUGGUUGUGAAAACUAUUCCGUUCCUUUUGUAAUAUUUAACAUUGCAUUUCAUUCGUGCUCAUUACACAUUGACAUUGACAUUGACACUGAUAUGUUUUGGCUCGUCGUCCACCUUUUAUACUUGUAAGAUUACUAGCAAACGCAGCUUAUGAAAUUCGAGUUUUUUUCUCUUCUA